AUGGCCAAUCCACUUCACCCUGGCAAUCACUCGCGCUCCUCGGCUGCCGCCGCUUCUUCUGCCUCCUCAUCCUCGUCCUCAUCCUCGCCCUCAUCCUCAUCCGUCGUCCCCGGCCUACGCGGAGGCUCGUUUGCUACCUCCACAUCUAAAUACGCCAAGCCUUCCGUUGAAUACGACCCCUCCUUCCAUCCCGGCCUGCUCAACCUCGGAAACACCUGCUUCCUCAAUUCAGUUCUGCAGGCCAUUGCCAACACACGCGACUUUCGCCUGCUCAUUCAAGGACCACCCAUUUCAGCUGCCUAUUCGGAGGACAAGCCGCCAUCAUCACCACCUGCUGCCGCCCCCCUCCUCUCGGCUCGGCACACCCAAUGGCCAAACCGAGCUCAGAGCCCGGCACUGCGUGUGAGCGAUGGCGAGCACGGUCGUCGCAUCCAUCACACACCAAGCCCAAGCGGCAGCCUCGAUGCAUCCUUGGCAUCGCUCAACACACUUCCAGCCCAUGACCCUAUCGCCACCAUUAAACCGGGCAAGAUGCCCUUGCCUCCUGUGGCCACUACUCCACCUCAGUCCAGCCUCCCUCCUUCUACUCCCGCCUACGAGCCCGACGUGCAUGAUCUGCCGCUCAACACAGCUUUUCGUCACGUUCUCGAGAAGUUUUGGACAGACGGCCACAAGUCUCGUGCCUCGGUCAAUGUCAACCCAAAACGUCUCUUGAAUCAGAUUGGAAAGAAGUACGAUCAAUACCUCGAAUACGGACAGCAGGACGGACAUGAGCUCAUGCGCCACCUCCUCGACGCUUGCCGCAUGGAGGAGCUUGACGUCAUCAAGAAGAUGCGUCCACCACCCAACAAGAAGCCCAAGAGCGACAGUGCCUCCACCGCGUGUUCCACAGCUGCAGCAACAGCAGCACAAGCUCGGCUCACCCCGGCCGAUCUGGAGAAUGGCCAGAUCGUUGCGCACACGACCGAGGCUACGGCCCCACUGCCCACCGAAGAGCAAUUGUUACCCUUCCUCGAUCUGCUCUUUUGCGGCAAACUCGCUAGCAUGGUCGUCUGCGAAGGCUGCAAAAAGGUCUCGCACACCUACGAAGACUUCUACGACAUCAGUCUCAGUCUGCGCGACGAUGCCAACAAUCCAAAAUCGCGCAAACGAGAUCGCCUUCGCAGCAUGGCCGACCGUUGGAGGAAGGCCACCCAAGGCAGAACGAUCAUGGAUCGCAAGGCGGCUGCCGCCGCCACCGCUGCCGCUGCCCUCGCCUCCAACUCACCCACGCCCGUCGGCACCCCACGCUACAGCGAGACCGAGGCCAGCGAUGCAGACUCGACCGCCCUUAAACGCAAAAAGUCCGUUGGCUUGCUCUCGCCCGACGAAGGGGUUGGGGGUCACUUCCAGCUGCGCACACGCGGUCUGCGUAGGGGUGGGGGACGUCAUGAGAAGCUUGGUGCCACCUCGGGUAGUGAGAUGGAGCCCGAUUUUCCAGACAUGGCUUCUUUGUCAUUGGCGCCCUCUGCUGCUUCGCGUCCCUACGUCGACUCGGCCCCCGCAUCUGCCGGCGAAGACAACGGAGAUGCGCGUACGGGAACCAGAGUGGCUAGGAUGCUCGGCAGCGCUGCUGGUGCAGCUGAUGUCAGCAGUCGCGAGACGAGCCCGAAUCCGUCGAUCGGCGGCCGUAUUGCUGCACCUCCGUUCGCUGCUGGCAUGCGACCGCCGAUGCGCACCGCCAAGUCUUCCUCUCAUCAAUCGGCAUACAUCGCCCGCAUCAUGGCCGACGACCCGGCCAGCAGCCACGCCGAUCCAGCUGCCCCUCGCAAAGCAGGCGCGCCCUCGCCACUCUUCGACGCGGUCGCUGCCGCUGCCGCUGCACAGGGCAAACCCCUCCACGGCUUUUUCCGCUCCGUCGGUGCAGGUGCCCGAGGCCGCGACCCGGCCGCCGAACUGGAGCCGAAUCCAAAAUCGCAUGGCGCCAAACGACGUCACAAGAUGCGCGAGGAGCAGUCCGCCACUGGGUUGGUCGCCUCGCUCCGCCAAUUCACCAGCGUCGAGGUGCUUGACGGUGACAAUAGCUUUGCUUGCAAGAACUGCUGGCGCCUGGCCAACCCACCCAACGCGCAGGAGCGUGAUCAGAUCCGUCGACGGCGCAGACGCAAAGGUGUGGCUGUCGCCGAGGUCGACGAUGAAGAAGGUAGCGAGCCGAGCAGUUCGGAUGGCGAGUCGGACCGAGAGCAGCCAAAAGCCACGCAAAAGCAGACGUCUGUCGUUGCCGCGGGCGAUGAGACGUUGAUCGCCCAGCCCAUGAGCAAGGGCGUUUCGACUUCGACAAGUCAGAGCACACUAGCGAGCAGCAGCGUGGACUCGAUCAUGACCGGGUCCAGCGCAUCGCAUCCUUCGCAGCAGCGAUCCGAUAUUCCGACCAUAUCCAUGACCUCGGUCGAUGCAUCGGCGGACGAGCCCAAGUCGCAACAAUCGCACAACGGCGUCGUGGCCAGGGACUACGCUGGGUCUGCGUCUCCAUCUACGCCAUCGUCGAAUGGCAGCAACGGAAUGCUGAUGCAGCAGAAGAGAGGCUCCGAAUCGAGCCUGAGCAGCGUCGAAGGCGCCGGGCGCGAACGCGAUCGUCUUGCACCCAGCAACGGGUACGACACGGGCACCGAGACCGAUAUGUCUGGCUUCUCUACCGGCUUGGACGAAUCGAAUGCUUCGACUGGCGAGGGCACCGACACGGAAGCUGAAGGCGAGGGUGCAAAGAAGAUUCCGGGUGUUGAGCGAAGUGGUCCAAAGCGAUCCGCCCAGAGUCUGCCUCGACGUGCGCUCAAGCGCUAUCUCAUCGCAUCAGCACCACCGGUACUCAUCUUCCACCUAAAGCGGUUCCAGGCGACGGGACGCGGGUUCGUGUCGGGUCUUGCUGGUUUCAAAAAGAUCGACGACCAGGUGACCUUCCCGGAGUAUCUCGAUAUCACGCCCUGGCUUGCCCCGCCGAGAGAAGACUACGAUCGACGUGGACGUCUCAAGGCUUCGAGCGAUCCGCUUGCGAUCCGAAAGCGCGCAGAAGAGGAGGCUAUCCAGGCCGGUAUCGAUUCGCGUCGAGUCAAGGUAGAAGUGUCUAAUGAGCGUGGCGCCAAGGCUCAUCGCAAAGGGCUGCAUGCAGGAGAUGGAAAUGGCAAGAAGCACGGUAUGUGGUCGUGGUACCUGAGCGGCGAGCAUCGUGGUGCUGCGUCUGGAGGUCGAGCUACUGCGAAUGGCGGUGGAGGAGGAGAUUUGGACGAAGGUCCCAAAGUGCAUUCUUCCAACGGGCACGAGAUUGUUCCGUCGGUGAUUCGCAGGCCCAAGACCGAGUAUCGGCUGUAUGCGGUGAUCGUGCAUCAGGGCUCGCUCUCGGCUGGUCACUACACAGCGUAUGUGCUGUCGGACAGGAUCAAGUUGAAGGAGGGUGUCAAGGAGAUGGUGGCUCGCUCUGCGCCCACUAGUCGAACCAACACGCCUGCUCCCUUGAGUGGAAGCGCAGCAGCGGCAGCAGCUGGAGGUGGUGCGAAUGGGGGAGGAGGUUUAGGACAAUUCUUCUUGGGAGGCAAACCGUCGCGAUCUAACGCAGCCUCGCCCGCACCUGCGCCUAUUCGCCCGGCCUCGGCAGCACCCGCCGCGUCAUCGUCGCUCGCCAUGAAGGGCAUGAUAUCGUCGAGCAGUGUUUCGGGCUCGUCGUCGAACGACAUUGCGCCGCAGACGUCGAUCUCUUCGCUCGGUUCCACAGCAUCCACAGCAAGCGAGAGCGAGUCGGCUGCUGCCGCUGGCUCGCAGGGACCCAAACUCGUGCGACCUCGACCGCAACUCAAACCCAUGGCCAGCUGGGAUAGUCUGGACGAACUCGAGCAAACGCAUGCGCAAUCGAACGGUGCCGUCAAUGGUAGAGCUCCCCCGAUCACGGCGAGUGCAUCGACGCCGCUCGAGCCGACGCCUGCUGUGGCUACGGUGGCGAGCCAUAACAGUAACGCCCAUCGGCAUGUGGGGGAUGGUGCGACCGCGGGUACGCGGGCGACGGAGGCUAGAGAUGGGGCGGACGAGGAUGAUGAUGAUGUGGAUCCGAGACACAGGGACGAUGGGCGGAGGUGGGUGUAUACAUCGGAUACGAUCGUGCGUGCGGCGACGAUUGAUGAGGUGCUCAAGGCCAAGGCGUACAUGUUGUUUUACGAGCGGCUGUGA